AUGGAGAACGGAAAAAAUUGCCAUUGUCGACCACCAAGGCCAGUGGUAGAAAGAACAGCUUGGACAAACAAAAAUUCUGAGCGAAGAUUCAGAACAUGCAACAAGUAUCGGAUUCAUGGUGGGUGUAAUUUCUUUGAAUGGAUAGACCCUCCAAUGUGCCAUCGAGCAAAGGUGGUCAUCCCUGGACGACUAAGAAAAAUUGGUGACCUUGAAACUGAAAUCACAUCCCUAAGUACGACAACUGACAUUGGAAGUCAUCGGCAAUGCAGUGGUUCUUCAAAUGGAUUUGAGACACAAUCUCACAACCUUCAAAAUGUUGGAAGAGAAAGUUGUGCUGAAAGCAGGGGUAGAGUAAAUGAUGGAGGUCGAAUGCAGUGUUACUACUUUUUGAAUACUAUGUAUUUUGCUUAUUGA